UGUUUUUAACAGCCAAUAAAGUCUAUAUUUAUAGAUUUAUACCUAAAAGGAAAAUGAUUUCCGUUCACCUGCGGUAUCAAAGGAUAUUUAUAAGUGAAGGUCGCACAUCUGGGCGGCCCUAAACAAAUCCCGUCACAGAGUUAAUUUCUUUGUAGCGUAUAUUUUCAGAGCGAGUCUUGAUUACAAUAAAAAUUCUACCUAAAGAUUAAGCCAGCCCCUGUAAGAUCUGGCCGGGGUUUAGUUCUGGGCAAUUAACAAUAGCAUCUGUACCUCUGUGUUUCGGUGUUUCACGAGUCCUACUUAACAACGUGUGAAACCCCUUGUUACCACUCAGAUCACCAUGGCCGCCUCCCUGUGCAUCUUCGCUGUGCUUGUCAUGACACUGCCGUGUGUUUUUGGAUAUCAUUAUUGUAAUUUUGAUAGACUCAUUCCAAGAGAUUUCGACGUCGGCCGGUUCUUUGGGUCCUGGUACGAGAUCGAACGGACGGAGGUAAAGUUUGGGUACUACACUUUUGUGUCCCAGACUUGGGGCUUCUUGGAAUCUUACCAGAAUAUGCAUGACAUGAAGUUCUACUACGCCGGUCGGUCUAUAGGGCACAACUGUAUUAGAGGAUCACACGAGCUGAUACACUACAUUGGGGCACCAGGCAGAUUCAUUAUGCAGGCUACAAAUAACGUUUUCCAGGUGGUAGACACCGACUACAACAGUUACGCCCUUGUCUACAUAUGUUAUGGUCAGCGACUCAAGCAUGGACAUUGCCUCAAGAGUAACUUGCACGUGUCACUGCUGAAGCGACACCCCUCGGCCGACUUCGCUGAGCGGGACAUCAUACAACAUAUCAGUAAUAGGUGUAUCAGUAGGAAUGAUCUCUUCCGGGCUCCCGAGAUUGCGAGCUGCCGAUUGUGAAGUUUUAAAGACUCGCAAGAAGAGUAGUGGGAACGCAUAUCUAACUGACAUAAAAACGAGGGAGGACCAAUUCAGCUUUACUAUAUAUAUGGUCAUUCUGAUCUUAACGAAACAUGAUUGUCCUUAUUAUCUGUGUAACGUGUCCAACUCAACAAAACUGAAGCUGAUAAUGUUAUAUAUAUGUAAUUGUAUAUCCAUGUUCAUUUCAUUAAACCUCUUACGAAUU